UUGCGGCAAUUAUUUCCUACGGAAAGGAUUUCAUUUACAGAAUGAGGUUCAUCACGGCGAUUGUUAUCAUCGCUCUCUCGGAUGCAGCGGUAAGCAGCCCGGAUUUUGGCGAUCGCAUCACUCGUGUAAAAAGUUCGAACGCGAAUUCCGUUCGUCAGCAAUCGGACCCAAAUGAGUACUUGUCAUUGUUCAACAUCCAUCAACAGCUCGAAAAACUUCAAUCUAUUCUUAGAGACUCUCAACAAAAGAACGAAAUGAACUAUACUCUCCAGCCGUCGUCAUUAACCGACACUCCAUUGAACAUCAGUUUCUCGGCAUCCGAACACUCUUUAUCCAUUCCACAUUCAACCCCGCAAUCGACUAGUCAACAAUCCUCAUUAUACGUACCGCAAAGUUUCAAUGGCUCUACAUUCUACAAUCCUCAGUCAAAUCAGCUUACAUUCCCGAUUCUUUUGCCACUGAAUUGCUCGGAAUC